AAGUCCAUGUGAGUCCAACAAAAGACAAAGGGUAAACUUCAAAAAUAAAAGAAAGGAAAUAAAAGAAAAAGAAAGCAACAAGCGAAGAAAAGGAGAAUUUAAUUACUAGAUUUUCGCAGUGAAAAGCAAUCAGCAAUGGCGGGGAUGGAGACAGAGUUGAAAGAGAUGUUAAGUGAUCUCGAUAAUCUCCAGCAAUCUUUAUCAGAUCCUUCUUAUCAAGCUUCACUUGCUAAGAUGCGGUCACAUGUUGAAAAUCUCACCUCUCUUGUGAAUUCUGGACAAGGAAGGCGUUCAAAAGUCAAGGAUAUGAGUGCAGAAGUGGUAGAUAGCAAUCCUUAUAGCAGGCUUAUGGCACUUCAGAGGAUGGGUAUCGUGGACAAUUAUGAAAGAAUUCGGGAUUUCUCUGUGGCCAUAGUUGGUAUAGGUGGCGUAGGCAGUGUUGCAGCUGAGAUGUUAACAAGGUGUGGCAUAGGUCGUCUUUUGUUGUAUGACUAUGACAAAGUGGAAUUAGCUAACAUGAAUAGGCUAUUUUUUCGCCCAGAGCAGUGUGGUAUGACCAAGACUGAUGCUGCUGUUCAAACUCUUUCGGACAUAAAUCCAGAUGUUGUAUUAGAGAGCUAUACACUAAAUAUUACAACAGUUCAAGGUUUUGAAACUUUCAUGGCAAGUCUUACAAAUAAAACACACAGCCUGAGUAAAGAUGGCACUGGGGUAGAUCUUGUUUUAAGCUGUGUUGAUAAUUACGAAGCAAGGAUGGUAGUAAAUCAGGCUUGCAAUGAGCUUAACCAAACAUGGAUGGAGUCUGGUGUCUCUGAAGAUGCUGUUUCAGGUCACAUACAAUUGCUGAUACCUGGAGAAACUGCCUGUUUUGCAUGUGCCCCUCCCCUAGUUGUAGCAUCUGGAGUGGAUGAACGCACACUAAAGCGUGAGGGGGUCUGUGCUGCAUCCUUGCCUACUACCAUGGGAGUUGUUGCUGGACUUUUGGUUCAAAACACUCUCAAGUACUUGCUGAAGUUUGGACAGGUCUCUCCAUACUUGGGAUAUAAUGCCCUGAAAGACUACUUUCCAACAAUGCAAAUGAAGCCAAACCCUCAGUGUUCAAAUGCUGCCUGCCUGGAACGACAGGAAGAAUACAAUCUGACAAAACCCGCCCGGGAUGCUGCUGCUAAAGCGAAGAUGGAUGCAGAAGCACUAAUAGUAACUGAAUCUGCUAUGCAUUUAGAUAACGAGUGGAACAUAUGUGUUGUUGACGAUGAAGAGCAGGAUAAGAAAGAUGCUCAUACGCAUGAUGUGCUUCCAGAAGGUCUUGUUCACGAGCUCCCAAGUGCAGAUGAGUUUCAAAAGCCGACUGCUCAGGAAGAAUCCUUUAAUUCUGCUGAUGAUCUAGAAGAACUCAAAAGGCAACUGGAAGCCCUUAAUGCGGACUAAUUUUAAGAAAAUCGUACUAGAAAAUUUUGAAAACCAACGAUUAAGUUCUUCUAUGUGCUGCUGUACAAUAUGUAGCAUUAAAAAAAUUAAAGAUAUACAUGAGUGCAAGUCUGGUAAUGGGCAUCCCAUAAGGAACCCAAUCUACCAGCAUCGUAGACGUUGCAGAUGAUUCUAACAGCUUAAUUGUCUGAUACAACUAUAAAACACACAAAUAUCUGAAUCUUCCAUUGGCUUAUCAA